AUGAAGCUGAACAUUUCGCAUCCUGCGAACGGCUCGCAGAAGCUGAUCGAGGUGGAGGAUGAGCGGAAGCUGAGGCACUUCUUCGAGUAUAUGGGCGCUGAGGUCCCGGCCGACCCCCUUGGCGAUGAGUGGAAGGGCUACAUCGUCCGCAUCACGGGCGGCAACGACAAACAGGGUUUCCCGAUGAAGCAGGGUGUUAUUGCCCCCAACCGUGUCCGCCUUCUCCUCGCCGACGGCCACUCCUGCUACCGCCCCCGCCGUACCGGUGAGCGCAAGCGCAAGUCCGUCCGCGGUUGCAUCGUUGGCGCCGACCUCUCCGUCCUCGCUCUCGCCAUUGUCAAGCAGGGCGAGCAGGACAUCCCCGGCCUGACCGACACUGUUCACCCCAAGCGCCUCGGCCCCAAGCGCGCCACCAAGAUCCGUCGGUUCUUCGGCCUCAGCAAGGAUGACGAUGUCCGCAAGUACGUCAUUCGGCGUGAGGUCCAGCCCAAGGGCGAGGGCAAGAAGGCCUACACCAAGGCUCCUCGCAUCCAGCGCCUGGUCACCCCCCAGCGCCUGCAGCACAAGCGCCACCGCAUUGCGCUCAAGCGCCGCCAGACCGAGAAGGUCAAGGAUGAGGCGAACGAGUAUGCCCAGGUCCUCGCCAAGCGUGUCGCUGAGGCCAAGGCCACCAAGGCCGAUCUCCGCAAGCGGAGGGCCAGCUCUAUGCGCAAGUAA